AUGAAACAAUGGUCUUCGCGAACAUCGAGUACAGAGCCAGAUUGCGAGUUUUGCACCAAUGAGACUGUAGAGGACGACUUGCUUGGUGCACUGGACAACUGCCCUGUCUGCAGUCAACCUCUAACCGAAGGAUAUCUCAACACUGUUUCUGCAACUACAACACCCCAGUCGAUGCGCUCCCCCGCGGGGUCACCUAUGAACAUAGAUACACCCGAGCCUCCGAACACUAAUCCGUGGUUCGCACCGUCCAUUGAUAUGAAAAGAGGACAAUCCUCCAAGAUGUCGGCAGUGAUCAACAACAUCAAAGAAUCAUGCUUAAAUACCAACUUGAAAAGCGUUGUGUUCUCCAGUUGGAGAGAUACGUUGGAUAUCCUUGCGGCAAUGCUGACAGCUGAGGGGAUCUUGUUCCGUCUGGAUCCCUAUAUCAAAGUACUGCUAAUCUCAAUCAACACUGGUGCUGUGGGUCUCACUCUUACAGAAGCAAAUAUGGUUCACAUCGUCGAGCCCCAGUGGAACCCUACAAUUGAAGAGCAAGCCAUUGCACGCGUCGUGAGAAUGGGACAAACACGACCAGUCAGUGUUUACAAGUACAUCAUGAAUGAAUCUGUAGAACAGUCCGUGCUCAAGCUUCAGGAGCGGAAAACCCAGAUCAUCAAGCUAUCGAUGCAGGACAAACAGGAUGAUGAAUCUGAUACGAACUUGGAUCGCUUUAAGUUUGCUAUUGAUCCGAACGAAUGGAAAUCCCAAUAG